AUGGAUGGAUUUGAUGGUGAGGCAGAGAUUACACGUCGAAGUGACAAUCAUCAUCCUACUGUUUGGGGAGAUCAUUUUCUUGUCUAUGCUAAUCUCUUGGGAGCCAAUGAAUGGGAAGAGAAGGAACAUAAGGAUCUAAAAGAAGAAGUGAGAAAAAUGCUAGUGAUUUCUCCUUCCAAAUCUUUGCAAAAACUUGAACUUAUAAACACAAUCCAAUUGCUUGGAGUGGCAUACCAUUUUGAACAUGAGAUUGAGGAAUCAUUGAGUAACAUCUAUAAUGGUUAUGAAGAAUGGAUUGGUGAAUUUUGUGAAAGUGGCCUUCAUGUUGUUGCUCUAAGCUUUCGAUUACUUAGGCAGCAAGGUUACUAUGUCUCAUCUGAUGUGUUUAGAAAGUUCAUCGAUGACCAAGGAAAUUAUAAUAAAGCAUUGGUUAACGACAUGCAAGGAUUAUUAAGCUUGUAUGAGGCAACACAAUUCAGAGUACAUGAUGAAGAAAUUUUGGAUGAAGCCGUUAAUUUCACCACCACUCAUUUGAAGUUAUUGUUGCCUAAAUUGAGUAAUUCUCUAUCGAUGCAAGUCAGCUAUGCCCUAAAGUAUCCAAUCAACAAAACUAUAGCUAGGAUAUGA